CCGAGCCAGCAGAGGAGGGCAGUCCCCAGUCACGGAUAGAAAAAGACCGCAGACCCAAAGCCUUCAGGGGUUUUCUGCGUUCUUUUUACAUGCUUUCUGCUCCAUCUUUCAAGACGCCUCGAGAGGAAAACAAACAACCAACAUUGGCGGUCGAAUAGUAUUCUCUUGCCUCCUAUAUCGAACAUGGGCCAGCCGUCCUUCGAGGCGUCGAACGCCCUUGUCUGGGUGACAUAUGGAGUAUUCUUGAUGGUCGGAACAGGCGUUGCCUGGAGGUUCAGGAACCAGAGCAAGGGCGAGUUCCUCGCGGGCAACAGAACUCAGACCGCUUUACCGCUCGCCCUGAACUUCAUCGCGUCCGCCCUUGGAUCCGGUAUUCUCUUCGCUUAUCCCCAGCUCGCGACACUGGCUGGCGUUCAGGGCGUGGUUGUCUACGCCCUGUCGUCUGCUUUGCCCCUAUUGAUCUUUGCUGCGCUGGGUCCCAUCAUCCGCCGCAAGUGCCCGCAGGGCUUUGUCCUCACCGAGUGGACUAGGCAGCGAUACGGGACUGUCGCGGCCCUGUACCUCAGCUUCAUGACCCUGGUCACGCUCUUUCUGUACAUGGUCUCGGAGUUGUCUGCGAUCGGCCAGGUCAUCAAUCUCCUGACGGGGCUUGACGGGCUGCCGGUUUUGAUUGUCGAGUGCGUCAUCACGACCAUCUACACCUCGCUGGGAGGUUUCAAGAUCUCGUUUUUCACCGACAGCAUUCAAGGAACCAUGGUGCUUGGCUUGAUCCUCAUCGCCACCAUCACCAUCGGCGUCGAGACCAACAUCGACACGAGCUUGAUCGAACCGUCGGGUCUCACCCAUGCAAGCCUCCUGGGCUGGCAGCUCGUCUACAUCCUCCCCGUCGCCAUCCUCACCAACGACUUCUUCCUGUCUCACUUCUGGCUCCGCACCUUCGCCUCCAAAACUGAUCGCGACCUUUGGCUCGGCAUAUCAGGCGCGACCGUCGGCGUGCUCAUCAUCAUAACCCUCGUCGGCUCGACGGGCCUCGUCGCCGUGUGGGCGGGCGUCGUUCCUGGUCCGGAUCCCGAGGCGCCCGUCGACGGCGCCGUCGCUUUCUUCGCCCUCCUCAACCAGCUGCCCAGCUGGGUCGUCGGCCUCGUCGUCGUCAUGUCGGUCACGCUGAGCACCGCCGCCUUCGACUCGCUGCAGUCGGCCAUGGUCACGUCCGCGUCCAACGACCUGUUCAGAAAUAAGCUGAAUAUCUGGUGGAUCAGGGGGGGCGUGGUGCUGAUCAUGAUUCCCGUCGUGGUCAUCGCCAUUCGCGCGCCGUCCAUCUUGCAGAUUUACCUCAUCUCGGAUAUUGUGUCGGCCGCGACCAUCCCUGUGCUGGUGCUUGGGCUGUCGGAUGCGUGCUACUGGUGGAGGGGGUUCGAAGUUGUGGUUGGCGGGCUGGGGGGCUUGUUCACGGUGUUCUUGUUUGGUACGGUGUACUACGGGGAUGCCCGGCUCGGUGGCGAGUUGCUGUUGCUGCAACAGGGGCUGUUCACUGGCGACUGGGGCUGCUUCGGGGCCUUUGUUGCUGCGCCGGUUGGGGCGUUGCUCUGGGGCUUUGGGGCGUUGGGUCUGCGGCUUGGGAUCCAGUACAUCAUGGCUCGAUCCAAGGGGCAGCGGUUCGAUGCGCUUGACCGCCCCAUUGAGGUCAGCGCGCCGCAGCUUGUUGACCCCGAGGUCGGCAGGCACAGUGACCUCGGCGAUGACAUGGAGAGCUCAUCUGACGCUCCCGGUCUGGCCAAGUCGACUGGCAAGUUCUUUUAGGGGAGGCACAAGGGUGGAAGACGGGAAAGUGGUGCCUCUAGACUCGGUAGAGGCUGCCCAGCAAGGCUCUGCGGUUGAGGUCAGGUAGACAGACGACUAAUAGGCCGAGCUUCGGUUCAGAGAACGCAGAGUCGGGUAAUACAUUGUCAGUUCUCUUCCC